CGCCGCCCUGCGCGGCCUCGCCGGCUGCUUCCGCCCGGUUUCGGCAGACGUCGCUUGGUGUCGGCCGUUCCCCUCGCCUUAUCUGCUAUGCUUGGUGUUGGAGAACCUGGGAAGGGGGAAGCAAACAUGAGGUCCAUGUUAGAGGAGCCAGUCCCAUUACAUGAAGAAUUUAUCUACUGCUGUGGAGCUGCUACCCAUGUCUUAAAGUGUGGGCCCUGGAAAGACCUCUCAAAAGAUGAAAGUAAAAAUCUACCAAGGCUCUUAUUCAUGAUUAUUCCUGGUAACCCUGGGCUGGCAGGUUAUUACAGGACUUUUAUACAGGCUUUAUAUUGUGGACUAAAUCAGCAGUAUCCUGUUUGGGUCGUGAGCCAUGCUGGACAUUGUAAGCCUCCUAGUGGUAUGGAGAUGAUAGAAGACACAGAUAUUAAGGAGCUAGAGGAUGUUUUUGGACUUAACGGACAAGUAGAACAUAAGCUGAACUUCCUCAAAAAGAAUGUAUCUAAAGAUAUAAAGCUGGUACUGAUUGCUCAUUCUAUUGGUUGCUACAUCACACUGGAGAUGAUGAAGCGAUCAUCAGAACUUCAGGUUCUUCGCUCUGUGCUGCUGUUCCCGACAAUAGAGCGUAUGGCUCAGUCCCCUCAAGGAAAGCUCAUGACCCCUUUGCUGUGCAAACUUCGUUACAUUCUGUACAUGCCCGUCUACCUGCUGUCCUUCCUACCAGAGGGAGUCAAAGCCUCCCUGGUGCGGUUUGCUCUGCGAGGAAUGAAGACCUGUGAUGAGUCUUCCAUAACAACCUCUGUAAAUCUCUUCAGCGUGGACUGCAUUGCUAACAUCCUAUAUAUGGCGAGCCAAGAGAUGAUGAAGGUUGUGGAGAGAGACAGUACAACCAUAAAGCAAAAUUUAAAGAAGCUGAUUUUUUACUAUGGAACUGGAGACAGCUGGUGCCCACAGAACUACUACGAUGAGAUCAAAAUGGAUUUUCCAGAUGGAGACAUUCGGCUUUGUGAGAAAGGGCUUCGUCACGCCUUUGUGCUGGAUGCCAGCAAGGAGAUGGCUGCCAUGAUUGCAGACUGGUUACAGGACGACCUGACCAAACUAUAAACACAGAUUCAGUGAUUUAACAGCAACAAAACAAUGUAAUUAUUUUGUGAACAUGUAACUUUUUUGUGAGAGAGUCUGUCCUGUUAUUUUCUGUUUAUUAUAGAUUAUGGCUCGUUUUCUAUUGAGAUGUUUUAGAGAAAGUUGACAAGAGAGACUGGCUGGUCCAAAGUAUAGUUUUAUUGAUUCAGUGGUGAUGUAUCUUCAUCACGUGUCUUCAGAACUCUGAAACACUUGGGAAAGUCUGGAAUAUUUAUUGUCUGCUAGCACUCUAGACAACACUGAUACUAGAUUCACUGGCUACAAAUGUACCUGAGUUACUACCAUCUCAGUCACCUGUUGGAGAGCUGUCAGGGAUGGGUUUGGGGCAGCCCAGAUGGCCUGCUUUAGAAAGAUAUCCCAGGCUUCUCUGUAUGGAUAGAAACUUCUCUGUGGAUGAAUCCUGGCAAUAGAACCUGUAUGCUGUCAGAGUCCUGGCCCUCUCCAUCCACGUAACCCCGUCUCAUCCACCCAUGUAACCCUGGUGCAUAACAGCCACAACAGCUCACAGCCCCAUACACCCCUCAUGUUGUUCUUCUCCACGUCAGAUGGGGUUGGUGGUCAGGAUGAGUUUAGGAUGAGUACAGGGAGGUUGUGUAGAUGAGAUCUGCAGUUUCUUCAAAUCUCAGAAAGGAUUUAGGGUGCUGCCAGCACUCCACAGGGUAUUUAAGAAUACCGUAAGGUAACUCUGGCUGCAGAGUGAUGAAAUACAUAUGAAGCCCUUGUCUGGAACAUGGCCAAGUGUUUCAUAUUUCAGUUCUAGAGAAGGUAAAGGAUGCGGGUCCAACGUGCCAGUAUUAAAAGGUUAAAAUGGAUUGCAGGAUCCAUAGAUAACUGCUUACAGGUGGCCUAGCUCUCCUAAUGAAGUCCAUGAGAACAGUGCUUGCUCAGCAACUUUAAAGAAUUAAACCAGUUUUGAUGCAUGCCUAAAUUUCAGUUCUUUGGUCUAAGAAUGGAAGUACGACCUUUUCUGCCAAGCCACAAAUUGGAUAAGUCUGCCAUGAGAAAAUAUCUGUUGCUUGGCCAUGGUUGCACCCAUGAAAUGGCAUGUUUUUCUCUUGAGAGCCAGAUUCUUGGUGGAGCGCACUGCUGACAAGCACGCUGUUCCUCACAUUUGUUCAUCCAUCUCCUUUACAGAUAGCAAAAUACUAGCAAAAAUAUCCCACCAGUUGUGGUAACAGAAGAAGUGAUAGCUACAAGUGAAAAUAAUGUAAAUAAGAGGAACAGAGCCAGGUGUUCGAGUGGAACCAGUGGAAUGGUAUUUCUGUGGAGCUCAGAGAGAUGUUUAUAAACAAAGCACUACAGAGUAUAGUCAGGGGAGGUCCCACUCCCUCAAACAGAUGAAUUUAGGUGAUGCAUUCGGUAUCUAACUUAUAUGAUUUGUUUACAGUUUUAAUGUGAUACUAAUGAGAAUAAUACUGGAAAAUAAUUUCUGUGCUGCUGAAAGACCAUUUAAUUCUGUACUUUUCUUACACACCUUCCUCUUCUCUCUCAGUCCCCCUUGACUCUUUCACUAAUAUUUAGAGCAAUUUGUAAUAGAAUUCAAUUUAUGAGUAUUUUGGGCUAGUUUUCAGACUGCAGACAGACAGUGGAUUUAAGUGUCCUUCUUUGCAACAGAAACUGAUUUAGCUUCUGAGACUAGCCAGUGGCUUCUCAGAUCUCACUGCCACAUCAUGAGACCAAGACUAAUGCUUGAUGCAGAAACAUUGAGACCACGGUUGCAGCAGCAUGGGGAGGAACCAGAGAGGUUCUAAGUGAAGGGACCGUGCCCAUGCAACUGAUCCUGCUUACUGGAGAGUCAUGAGACGUUCCUUCUUUCUCCGGGGCUAUAUUCACUCGUGGCCAAAACAAUCCUUGCACUCACUUUAUUAAUCCAUAGUUGUAUGUAUCUGAAUGUGUUUAAGCAGCCCCCAGAUGCUGGCAUGCAUUCCUGUUGGAUGGCCUUAUGGCAGAUGCUGAAUGCAUCUGUUGGCUUAGGUGCUCCCUCGGACAGUGACAGGGGUGUUCACAUACCUGGCCGUAUAUCUGUGUACACAUAUAUAUCUCUAUAUACACACACACACGUGCACCUGUUUGUAUGUUAGUGACAUAAAAAUUAGAGUUCAUUUGGUCAUUUUGGUUUACAUGUUGAUCUGCUUGAAUAAAACAUUUGUUCUUCAAAGUAUAUGGAAUCAGGCAGUCGAGCAAGGACUGUGUUUGUAAAAAUCAGCUGUUGUAGUGGAUUUCCUGAGGACAGAAAAAAUCUUGCAUUAACCAAAGAUGACGAGCAGCUAUUACAGCCUGGAAACUGAAGCACCUAUGAGCAGCAGUCGUUUACAGUGCAUUAUUCGUAUACUUUGUAUGAGGAAUUAAUUUAGCAAUACUUGUACUUGCCUUGUGUAUGCCUUUUAUACAAAUGUUAAUCCAUUAUAAUAAAUCCUACUGACUGCAUUAAGACCUACACUGAGAUUAGAUCUGGUCACUGAUGACCAGAUCCACUGCAAGAUAAUGCCUUAUGAUUUUCUUAAAUGGAUUUUCUCUAAGGUUAACAAACCCAUAUCGAUUCAAUUGCUACCAUCCUCCUAGAAGCUGUUGCUGUAAGGCUGAGAUCUGAAAAUUUGCUACUCUCUUCACUGCAAAAAAAAAAAAGCAGAGGUCUGGAUUUCACAGCUGUUCCUUCACAAGAGGAGCAGAUCUCACACAAUGAGGAUGCAGCUCCUCUGAAGGCCGUGGUGUCCAUCGUGACCCCAGGCAGAGUGUCAAAAGUGCUUAAAGUCUAAAUGUGCCAGCUUACCAUGAAAACAGUGUGGUCUUGCCUGUUUUAGAUUCUUGGGGAAACCUGUCACAAAUGGGCUGACUGUACGCAGUAGCACCUCCUCUCUGUCAUUCACCUUUGUGCUUAGUGCUCACCGCACGACUAAUCUCAAAUAGCUUCCGUGGCUUUGACUCAUGUUCAGGUGUUUUGCUAUAGAUCAAUCCCUUUUCUGAAAAUCUACACAACUCCAAUAACAAAAAUAAAGACAUUUAUGGUAAAAUGUAA